AACUUCAUGAAAAAUCCAAAUUUCCACUGAUUCCUCUAACUCAAUAUAAAUAACACUCAUCAUCAUAAUCGAUGUAUCAUUGCAGACACAACAACCUUAGCAGAAUAAGACACAGUUCAAUCACUUCCUUAACCAGUUUUUCUAAAUCCCCACAAAACAACACCACCAUGAUGUCUAUGUUCAGCCAUUUCGAGAUCGCGCAGGGCCAGAAGUGGAGGUUUUCCUUCGGCACGGGCCUCGGAAAAGGUGCGAACGCCAAGCCCAACAUGGGAGGGCCUUCUUCCUCCGCGGACGCCGAGUCCAAACCCGCCGGAAAAGAUUCGAAUCCAUCUUCCCCCGUCGGGCCCAAACAAAACCCGGCCCGUUUGAGGCCCAGGUUUGCGCCGGAGUUGGAUGGGUUGCACUGCUUUGAAUCCAUCGUACCCUGUUAGAUGGAUUCCUCUCGCCUCCGAUCUCAAUUCUUUUAUGAUCGCAUCAUAUCAAAAUCGUAUUCAAUUUAUUUUUACUGUAUAGUUUAAUCUAUUGUUGAGAAAGCUACCAACACCAGAGAUCAAAUUAUGUUUCCUUGUAACUUGAAAAUUGCAAGUUCAAAUUACAAAUACUAUUUUUCUUCUGUUUGCAAAUUACCUUAAUUGCAGUUCUCUCUUUUUUUU